AUGCCGGCCCACGAUGAAAACGCGUGUCAAACCGCCGAACAGGCACAGAUUUUCCAGGCAUAUCCCACGAACAUUUUCCGUACGCAAAAGUCGCGUCCCGCACUACAGAGUUAUCGAGAACGUCUCGUCGCGGAAAGGACAGAAAUCUUCGUCAAGGACAAGAAUCGCUGGUUGGUAUCGAUCUGGGAUCCAUUGAAUAGUGACAAUGUGAUGCCUGCCAUCCUGGACUUUGUGUUCGAUCUUCGUCUGCGGGUUGAGUCGCCCCCGACGGGCCGCCUCCGGAUCGAUGAUGCCGUUGUGAGCCGGCCUCAGCAUGCUUUUAACCUCUCUGCAUUCGAGCGGCAGUUCAAAAAAGAGGACAAAGACGCCGGGCCCGGUGACCCUAACCCAUGGAAACGCCGCGCCGCCACGUUCUUCCACGCCUAUGAUACUGCUGCAGGUGCAUCCCUCUUUCUCGUCGUCAAAGGUACUACGCUCCUGCACGAGCGACUGGUGUCUGCCACUAGACUUGAAGACGGACGGCAACAGCCUGAGGGGGAGGGCACCGAUUACUUCCGCGCCGCUCUCGAUGCCCACCUGCUCGUUCUCGAGUGGGCCAUGGAGUCCUGGCCCCAGUACAUCGACUAUCUGGUCAAGAAGACGCGCGAGCAGGUCUCGGCCGUCGACGACCUCGAGAUCAGCGAGCUGGACGCCGAGGACGCGGCCCAGCUGCGGACCAGUCUCAGUGCACCUGUUCAUGGCCUUCGUCACACGCCUAGAUCGAUGGGCCCGCCGAGCCGCGGUGGGACGGGCUUGUCGCGGGCGUCGACGAUGACGGUCGCGACGGUGCGCAAGGUGGGCAGCUGGCUGACCGGGCGCGACACUGCCAACAACAACAGCGCAUCAAGAGCUGCUACCAGCCAGAUGGCCGAGUGUGAGGAGAAGGGAGACGAUGAUAAUGACGAACACCUGGCUGAUUCCUUCGGUUUUGGAAGUCUGCAGGAGUUGAACCUGCUGCAGGACAGCGUCGGGGAGGCGGCCAUGACACUGCGGGAGGAUUUGCGUAUAGUACGUGCACUAGCCACUAGGUACGAACGACUAGGAAAGCGACAUCAAGAGCUCGCAACAGAGGUAGCCGGCUUCGUAGAGCAGAUAUAUGUUGUGCUGGGGGAACUCGAGGGCUACCAGGAGAGAAUCGAGGCUCUAGAGGAGAAGUUGAAGAGGAAAGCUGCAAUGUUUGGCACAAUCCUCGAGCACCGCAACACGCAUGCGGGACAGCACUUUGCCGAGUGCGCGCGGGCUUCCAGUAGCACGAUGGAGCAACUGACUCACAGCAUGCACCACAUCGCCCUCAAGACGAAGCACGAGACCACGUCGAUGCAUGUGAUCACCUUUUUCACGCUGAUAUUCCUGCCAGGCACGUUUGUUUCGACGCUGUUCAGCAGCAAUGUCAUGGUGUUUGAGAGAGACCAGGGUGGCCUAGGUGAUUGGGAGGUCCGCGAGCCGGCACUGAAGUUGUUUCUCCUGCUAUGCUUCCUGCUGAUGGGUGUCCUGGGCAUCAUCUGGGGCGCGACGUACCGUAUUGGGAGUCGUGGCCUGGUGGCAGUCCACGAACCAUUCCACUCGUCGUAA